AUGCUGUUCAAACCACCCAUUGGGUUCUUCGAUACCGAUAAGCAUUACACCGCCACUCAUGGUGUCUUAAGACUACUUCUCACAGCCAACAAUGAUCCUGAUGAAGGUACUGGGGUGUAUUGUAUUGUUGAUCAAGCACACGGGCUCAUGGGUCCCAAAAUAGCGCAAACUUUGAUUAAUAAUGUCAUAGGAAAACAAAUUGAUUUGCUAGGCCGGUAUCCUUACAGCAGUGAUAUUGCACCAAGUAUUUUGUUUGCAACAAUAUUUGGAAUAAUCGCCUUGUUGCAUAUGUUUAUAUUUGUCAUGAAUACUUAUCGAGGCCACUACUUCUUUUUGAGUUUACUUUGGGCAUUCACGGGUUUGCUCAGAUGCGUAUCAUUUGUGUAUCGAGCCGUUUGGGCCAAAGACAUUAUCAAUGUGAGAAUGGGUAUUGCUGAUGAAAUUCUACUAGUUAUUCCAACUAUUUUCUUAAUUUCGGCUAAUUUGAUUCUAGCACAAAGAUUAUUCACGUGGCGACACCCAGUUGGUGGUAACAGAAAACUAUUCUGGUUCUUCAUGUUGUCGCUUUACUGCAUUGUUUCAAUUUUGUUGGUUGUGGCUAUUGUUGCAUCGGCUAUACCGUACAUGUACUUUCUUUCAACAUCGCGGUUCAACGUGUACAAAAAUUUGAACAAGUUUGUGUGUAUCAUGUUGAUUUCGUAUACUUUGACGGCUUCAUCAUUGAUUGGGUUGAGUUUCUGGUUGCCCACCAUGAAGGAUGAAAGGUUAUACACAUAUCAACCCUGGUGGAUUGAGAGUUUCGCGCCAUUUUACUUUGUCAGGAAAGGUGCUGCGCAAGAGGCAGAGAGCACAUUUAUGAAACGAAAUUCAAACCAUCGACAUGCCAUUAGAGUCAUUGCAGCUACCCACCACCACUACAAUAUGGUAGAGGGGUUGACCAAUCAAAGAGGUGACUUGAAGCACAAUGUGUCGCUAGUCAUCGUGAUUAUUUCAACAAUUGGGGCAUUUGUACCAGCUAUUUUGAGGGCUGUGGUUGUCUUCCAAACCAGACAACAAAAGACCUCCUCGCCUGCUGCAGCACCAACUUCCAUGUACUUUUGUUGGGGUGUGUUUGAACUCGCCAUGAAUUUGUCUUACCUAAUUGGAAGAGCAGACUUGAGGUUUUACAGGCCUGAUGUGUUACCAGCUCAAGUGCGAGCCAUUAUUACGGCAGAACAAUCGCAAAUGGUUACACCUACGCAAAGUGACGAUGAGCAUGAAGAAGAAGAGGGAGAGGAGGAAGGAGAUGCCGACGACAAGUACUAUGGUCAUUAUCCAUACAGCGAUGAUGACGAUGAUGAUGGAUUUGAAUUCGGUGAUGGUCCCAAGUCUCUGCAAUCAAGCGACGAUUUCUUCUUCGGCACCACUCCUCAUCAUGAACGAGAUGUACAAUUCAAGGAAAAGGCCAAUAGUAUGGACUCUCGAGUGUUUACACCAAACCAAAGAACGUACACGAAUACUCCCGCCAAUGAACUUGAGAAGAGACUAGAUGAUUCCGAUGAUGAAUUCAAAUUUUAG